CCCGAGGCCCCGCCUCCAGCGUCACCUCCCCCGGGGCGGCCACCCCGACACUGCCCGGGUGGGCGCGGGGCCACUCGACCUGCUGGCGUCCUGCCGUGACUCGGACACUUGGCCCGGAGGCUCUAGCGAGCACCCACCGACCACAGGACUUUGCCCAGCGCCAGGGGUGGAGCGGACCGUCCGGGCGGCGUCCCCAGGCUGGCCAUAAACAUGUUGGCCUUCGCAGCCAGGACGGCGGUGAGACCGCCCGGCCUCCUCAAGCCCAGGGCCCUCAUGAAGACCGUCAGCCGCUUCAAGGCCCACCAGGACUCUCUGCCUCGCCUGCCUGUGCCCCCUCUGCAACAGUCCCUGGACCACUACCUCAAGGCUCUCCAGCCCAUUGUAAGCCAGGAGGAAUGGGCCCAGACCAAACAGCUGGUGGAGGAGUUCCAGACAUCUGGGGGUGUCGGGGAGCGUCUGCAGAAGGGGCUGGAGUGCCGUGCCAAGAAGUCAGAGAACUGGCUGUCUGAGUGGUGGCUGAAGACGGCCUAUCUCCAGUACCGCCAGCCUGUAGUCAUCUACUCCAACCCCGGCCUCCUCUUGCCCAAGCAAGACUUUGUGGAUCUGCAGGGUCAGCUGCGGUUUGCUGCUAAACUCAUCGAAGGGGUUUUGGACUUCAAGGUCAUGAUUGACAAUGAGACCCUGCCCGUGGAGCACCUGGGCGGCAAGCCAUUAUGCAUGAACCAGUACUACCAGAUCUUGUCAUCCUGCCGCGUGCCAGGCCCCAAGCAGGACUCAGUGGUGAACUUUGGCCGAGACAAGAAGCCACCCACCCACAUCACCGUGGUUCACAACUACCAGUUCUUCGAGCUGGAGGUGUACCACAGCGACGGCUCUCCGCUCACGACAGACCAGAUCUUCGUACAGCUGGAGAAGAUCUGGAAUUCAUCCCUGCAGACCAACAAGGAGCCGGUGGGCAUCCUCACAUCCAACCACCGCAACUCCUGGGCCAAGGCCUUCAACACCCUCACCAAAGACAAAGUGAACCGGGACUCUGUCCGCCGCAUCCAGCAGAGCAUCUUCAUGGUGUGCCUGGACGCACCCAUGCCGCGGGUCUCUGACCACACGUACCGCAGCCACGUAGCCGGCCAGAUGCUGCACGGGGGUGGUGGGCACCUCAACAGCGGCAACCGCUGGUUCGACAAGACGCUACAGUUCAUCGUAGCUGAGGAUGGCUCCUGCGGGCUGGUCUAUGAGCAUGCGGCCGCCGAGGGGCCCCCCAUCAUCACCCUCGUGGACCACGUCAUGGAGUUCACGAAGAAACCCGGGCAGGUACAGUCAGGGAUGGUGCCCCUGCCUAUGCCCAAGAAGCUGCGCUUCAACAUCACGCCUGAGAUCAAGAGUGAUAUCGAGAAGGCGAAGCAGAACCUCAGCAUCAUGAUCCAAGACCUGGACAUCACCACGCUGGUGUUCCCCCACUUUGGCAAAGAUUUCCCAAAGUCCCAGAAACUGAGCCCCGACUCCUUCAUUCAGAUGGCGCUCCAGCUGGCCUACUACAGGAUCUAUGGGCAGGCCUGUGCCACCUACGAGAGCGCGUCCCUGCGCAUGUUCCACCUGGGCCGCACUGACACCAUCCGCUCGGCCUCCAUGGACUCACUGGCCUUUGUCCGGGCCAUGGAUGACGCCGGCACGACGGAGCAACAGAAGGUGGACCUGCUGCGGAAGGCCAUACAGUCACAUCGAGCCUACACGGACCGAGCUAUCCAUGGGGAGGCCUUCGACCGCCACCUCCUGGGCCUGAAGCUGCAGGCCAUCGAGGACCUGGUGAGCAUGCCUGACAUCUUCAUGGACACGUCCUACGCCAUUGCCAUGCACUUCAAUCUCUCCACCAGCCAGGUCCCUUCCAAGACCGACUGUGUCAUGUUCUUCGGGCCCGUGGUCCCGGAUGGCUACGGUGUGUGUUAUAAUCCCCGGGAAUCCCACAUCAACUUCUCCGUGUCUGCUUACAACAGCUGCGCUGAGACCAGCGCCCAGCGCCUGGCGCAACAUCUGGAACAGGCACUGCUGGACAUGCGAGUACUGUUGCAACACCACCUGCAGGCCAAGCUCUGAGCCACGCACUGUGCCUGGCCCUGUGGCCAAACCAAGCACCUUUUGGGGUGUAUCUAGCCCCAGCUCUGGCCACUGCGGGACCCCCAUCCUGGGCCCAGCAGGACAUCAGGCCCAGGCACCCAAGUGCCCGCCUCGUGAAAGCCUCCUGGAAGGUGAAGAGGCUCAGCCAGUCUCUGCAGAAUGCCCACAAGGUAUCGGCCAUUAGUGGAGUUUAGCUGUGGACAGUCUCUGCCAUGGAUGCAGGCACACCGGGUCAGCACCCCCAACUUGCCCAGGACCUAAGGACAAUGAACUGAAAGUAGAGGGUCCCUGGGCCUCUCCGGGCUGAGCACAGACUCCCCGAGUUCACUGCCCAUCCUUGGAGGCAGUGGCUGAGGCGGCCCCUGCCCACAAUUCCGGAACCAUAUUUGCUGUAUGACUGUGACAGGAACAAUCAAAGGAAAGUGGCGAAGAGGUUUUGGCUGAGAGGGCCACAGCUUGGUCUGGAGCUGCUGUGGGGAAGCGGGAGGAUCCCUCCCGGGAAGCCGUGAGGUGAGAUCUAUCUUAGAUAGGGUCUCCUAUCUGUAAGCACCAGCGUUGACCCGACUACACCCAGUGAGCAGCAGGGCCAAGUGGGUGACUAUAAAAUAAAAAUCAAAAUCCAUGAGCUGGUGA